CCAUUCCCUUCGCGGGGCGCGGCUCGCCGACCCGGAGCAGGAAGCACAGGAUGGCGUCCCUUGACCCCAGCGCUGCAUCGGAGAGCUAAUGGGGAAUGAUGGAGAUGGGAUGAAAAAAGAAAAGUGUCCUCCUGCACUGCAAAUGGCCUCCUGUUCAACACUAAUUGUUUGCUAGUCUGGAGUCAGCUUUGGUGGAUGAAGAAGGCUGGUGAGUGUAAGAUGUUUGACAGAAUCAGACGAUCUGAUGAAGCUUCUGCUUCUUCAGCACAGGGAAUCCAAAGACAUGGUGCUGAAGGUUCUCUACGUCGGGACAGCAGUAGCAGUUCCCACACAAGAGGGCAAGAACGUGCUUGGCCUGGAGCGUCCACUGUGCAAAAUAGACAAGGGUACUGCAACUGUUGCCAUGUACACUACAGUAAUCUGGAACAGCAUGUUUUCAGCUCCCAGCACAGACAUUUUACGACAUACUGUAGGAAUCGUACAGGUACCAGUAGCUUGAUGGAGCGUUUCCUGCAAGAUGUUUUACAGCAUCAUCCCCACAGAUACCAUGACAACAGACCAACAUACGAUGACAUGCCACUUCCCAUCACUCUGGAGACUCCUAGUAUUUCUUGCCUGUCCCCAGCAGAGAUGCAGAAAAAGAGGAACAGUGAUAAACAGCAGAUUUCCAGCAAAGACAAGGAGUCCAUUGGUGAAAUACACUCUUCUGCUCCAUGCCUGUCUCACGAGGGCACAGAGAAAACUUCUAUAACACAAGCAGUUUUUCAAAACCUAGAAAGAGGCCAGGAACAUGUUCCAGGAAUAUCCCAGCAGUCUACUGGCAUCUGUAGCGACAAGAAAUGGGUUACUCUGAAAAAUGCAAAUCAUAGCCAUGAAGGUCAGUUUACAGCUGUGAGCCCUGUACCUCAGCAAUUUUCCAUCAGUCCUAUAGUCCACAGUUCUUCUGCUAAUCCUAAAACAGGAAAAAAUGUUAGGGAUUUGGCAGCAUCCAAUCUGUUUCUCCAUAGUGAAUGUGAUGAAAGGGCAGCGAAGGCGUGCAAUAGUGAUGUGUUAUUGAAGCCAUGCUUGAAUCCUGCUCCAGCACUGGCUCACCCAAAACGCUCUUCAGUUUCUCAUCAGAAUCCUACAUGCAGCCACAGCAAUUCUUUUUUUAUUACCUCAGGUCAAUCUCCCUCAAAGCGAGAUAGUUUACGAACUCAGGACGAAACUUUGGUGUCUGAUCUCCAUCUCAGGGAUACUGUGGGUAUCAGCAGCUCCCUAGAUCUUGGGACAUCCCCACAAUUAGCAAGAUGCAAAAACGUGAAGACAAACAGAGGUGAUGGAAGUUCAGUGGAUGAAAUUAUUGAAGAUGUAAUUUUGAAAUACUGCCAUGAAACUACAUCUGAAGAAAUUUAUAUCAAAGAAGAGAAUAAUCCAUGUUUAACUUUCUCAUCACAUCUGGACCAUACUAAUUUAGAGGGCUCUGAAAUGAGUUUUGACUGUGAUGCACCAAUGCAGGCAGGAACAGACUUACCCAAGGCAGCUAUAAAAGAUAUAGAGUUCCUAAAAGAGGUCCAAGUAAGUUUGCAAGAUAAAGACUAUGGAACACAGCUCUGCUCUGUUUUAAAAACUGAGUCAGUAGAGAAAACAGAAGCAGUGAAACAGGAUAUCAUAGUUCAUACUGAAGAACCAGUUCUUCCAGCUCUGCCUCAUGUGCCUCCUUCUUUUGUGGGAAAGACUUGGUCUCAAAUAAUGUAUGAAGAUGAUAUAAAAAUUCAAGAACUUGUGCGUGAUUUCAGGGAGGGUCGUUUUCGCUGCUAUUUUGACAAUGAAUCGUCAGCCAACUGUACAGGCAGGAGAACGAGGAAAAAAAAACAGAAGGAUGAAAAAAGGAUCAAUGUUAUUGAGGGUAACAGAACAGAAAGUGCACCAGUUAAAGCAUUGCCAGAAUUUAAUGAUGUUUUAAGUGGUGGCUCUGAUUUUGAUAACCCAUCUUUAGCCUCAGAUACUCUAUGCAACCCACAAAUACUUAAAAUGCCUAGGAAAAGAACAUGGCGACUGGCUUCAAGAUGCCAGGUGGUUAAAGUCAGCCACGGCACCCAAACAAGUCUAUUGAACUACCCUGUAGCAAAAAAGAAAAUGUCUAGAAGAGAAUCUGAUCCAGCUGAUCAGAAAGCAAACAUUGCGCGGUUGGAGAAUGAAAAAACUCCAAACAUGAAAACUAGACUAUGUGCCCUUAAGCUUCCAGAGUCCUACAGCAAGAUUAUGAGUCCUGUACAGCCCAAGACAGUGGUGUAUGUACUCUCGUGCCCAGAGGUAAAACAGUGUAAAGGUAAACCUGUAGAUGCUUCCAAAAUGAGGAAAAAUCGAAACUCCACAGAUAGCAAGGACUCUGUAAGGUAUAAAUACAAACAGUGUUCUUUCAAGUAUUAUGAUCCACUGACAAAUCGAAUUCUGAAAACGCCUCCAAAGAGUACGGUUGGAGAAAAGGCCAAAAAGCCCUCCCAUGUUCGCCAGCUUUUCAGAAGUCUCAGCUUUGAUGCAAACAUGCGAAAACUAGCGGAUGCACAGAGAGAAAGCACGUCAUCAAAGUCACUCAACUGGUCAGACUACUACAGUUCAUCUUCAGCGUCUUUCCUGACAGAUCCAGAUAAAGGGAAUGAUACAGCCUCAAGUCAAAAGGCAGAUGGAUCUUCUGUUUCCACAGAAAGAACAGAUUGUCUUGUGUCUAGUCACUCUGAGAACUCUUUUAAACACUUGAUCAUUUCACCUUUGAACUCUGUGAUAGAAGGAGAUUGUAGAUUAAUUCCAUUUAAUAGAAUUACCAAAACUCCUCUGACCUCCAUCAGGAGUGAGUGGUUAGAGAGGGAGAAUCCAAAGGCAAUAUGGAAGAGGAAAGAGGGCACUAAUAAAGAACCAGUUUUUUCCAGAAAGGCUUCAGGAUCUAAGUCUGUCACAUGUACUGUUGGGAGGAGAGGAAACAGAGUAACUGCAGGCAAACAAACUUCCAGAACUAAAAAACAGCAAAAAGAGGGGUUGAGAAGACAACUUCAUCCUCGUGCCCAGAAAUCUGCUUUCUCCAUCCAUAGGUGCCAGACAAGGAAAACUACAGUGGGAAAGCACCCUAAGAAAGAAAAGCCUGAUGCUAAAAAAUUAAAGGUGAGGAGUAAACCAAAAAGGGCCUUUCUGAGCUCAACAGUUGUAACAGGGAUUCCUGAAAAGAGGCAGAAAGUCACAUCAGAAUCUUUUCCCAAGAAACCAGAGCAAGCUUCCUCCAAAGUCAGGAACUGGAAAGUAAGUGGAGAUCGGGGUCAUCCUAGCACUGUGAACAGACGCUCUCGAAGAACAACUGCUGUACCAUUACUUCGAAACUGUCUUGUUCUGCCAGGUGAGAGCUAGCUACCAAAAGAACUUUUUUUUCUUUUUUUAUAGCCGGCACCUGGAAAAAGGAAGGGGGAAAAAAGGAGAUCGUGGACAACGCAGUUGAAGUGCUAGAGCUCCAGAAAGUACAAAGCCAGUCUAAUGUGAAACGAAUACAACUGUAAACUCAGCUCUUGUUCCUGGAAUAAGGGGACAUGAUGUAUUGCACUGUUCUACUGUGUAAAGCUGCAGAAGUUGUAGAUUUGACUUAAAAGCACUUAGAUUCCUAUUUACUAGACUUCACCUGUACAUCAGCAAAAUGACCUUGAAUAGUAUCAUAUUGAUUAUAUGGUAUUAUCAGUGCGUGACAGUGCACUAUAAUAAGGUAAUUUAGAAACUGUGUUAAUUAAUUGUGCCUAAUUUAAUUUCUUCACAUAAUUCUAAAGUGCAAAAAAUGACCUGGUUGUUAUGCUAGAAAUUAAAUGAAGAUACAUCAGUUUGGGCUGAAUUCUGUGUAUGUAUUUUGUGUUUGUGUAUAUGCGCACCUUCUUCAACACGUAAUAUAUACUUGCCUGUGGAAUGGCAUUAAAAUUAAUACAGUAUGAUACAAUUCAGAUCCAUUCAGUGCUUUCUUGAAAUGUAAUUUUACACAUUUUUGUAUUGACUUUUUUCCUGAAAGCAUGUCCAAAGCAAUUGUUUUAGACAAAAAGUCACUGUGGGCUCUCAUCAAGCAAUAAUGGACCAUGUUGGUAAGGAAAAUGUCUUUUUGGGGGACUGUUCAAAUGGUGGUGGCUAAAGUGAAGUUCUAAAUUCCAAAAGAAAUACAGGCUUAGGUUUGGGGGUUUUUUGUUUGUUUUUGUUUUUAGUAGCUUAUUGAGAAAGUUUAUAGGUGAAUUUUACAUUCCUGAGUGGAGGGGGAUGGAAAAGUAAUAAUGCAAA